AGGUACAAUGACCGACUACCUCGAAUUCACUUCCAAUCCGAUGGCACCGGACAGCUUUGUGGAUCAGGAAGAAGUGCGGAACCACAAGCUAUCUAACAGUGAUUUCCGUAAACUUCUCAUGACUCCGCGACCUGCUGCAGUACCGCCAACUGCAGCGGAUGAUUUGAAAAAGGACGACUUGAUGCAUCCACCGGACAAAGCAGACAGGAAGCACCGCGACACUACCGGACCUACCGCUGGUGGACGACCAAAGCAUAAGCGUCAUCACGGUCGUCAACAUAGACGUGACCAGGCAAAGGAGAGCGCCGCAGAACCAACCCCACGUUAUCGCGAUCGUGCUAAGGAGAGACGUGAUGGAAAAUUGGUUGCCCCCUCGGAGGAAGGUGCGGACGAACGGGAUUACGAACAGGAUGAAGAAGCUCUGUCACGUACGGCUGAUUACCGAGCUGUGGCCCCAACGUCAGCGGCUGGUCAAUCGCUCGCAGAACGCCGUCGAAUGCUGAUUCAGGAAUCAAAGUAUCUUGGAGGUGAUAUGGAACACACUCACUUGGUCAAAGGUCUUGACUACGUUCUGCUUCAGAAAGUUCGGCUAGAAAUUCAAAACAAGGAAUUAGAGGCUGAGAAAGUCCUAGAUGCUGAGUUGUCUAAGCCCGAGGUUAGUAAAGACCGUCUGACUACUGAGGAUGGAGUGCAGUUCCGCACAAAGCUUGCAGCUGGCAUCUUCGACGCGCUAUUCAACCUCCGUCCUCCUGAACGCAAUGAAUAUUUUCAGCCCGGUCGUAUGGCCUACAGAAUCGAGCUGGAAGAUGAUUCUGUGGACUUUGAGGUCCCCGCUACAGUCAUACGGAGUAAGGCCGACUGCUUGCAAACAGAUGGGCGAGGUUCAGAUACCAUCACCACAAAUGAGAUUGUCAUUAACAAACUGACACAGAUUUUAUCCUACCUCCGGGCUGGAAAACGACAUGCUAAGAAGGCGAAGUUGCGCGGACGGUACGGCGAAAAGGAUGAGGAACUGGGGGUGGACACUGUCAAGUCGCAGGCUAACUCGAAGAAAGUUUCAGAUGAGGUCAUAUUCGAUAACGUUGGGUCAAACUAUGUGCCUACCGUGAACCGCCGUGCUCAGGCGUCAGGGACUCAGUCAGAUCAUGUGGUUAGGGAAAAGCAGUCUACCGGAGAGGAAGCGGGAACCCGUCGUCCCAGGCCAUCCUAUUUCGAGGUGCCCGACGAUGCCGAUGCGGCUGCUGCUACCGACGCGGGAAAUUCGGUCAAUGCAACCAAAGAAUUUAUGCAGGAGCUGAACCAGCGUUUCAACCCUAAGGAUGAUGAGAAAGUCCAAGAAAAGGCCAGCCUUGAGCGCUUCUUCGAGAAAACUAAAGUCACCUGCUAUGAUGAGUGCUACCCCGGAUUCGCAGAGUCCUACGAUGCUAUGGGUGAUUCGGAUGACGAGGCUGACUUCAGCAAAAUGGACCUUGGUAACAAGAAAGGUCCGGUUGGUCGUUGGGAUUUCGAGACCCAGGAAGAGUACAGCGACUACAUGUCACACAAGGAAGCUUUGCCCAAAGCAGCCUUUCAGUACGGAGUCAAAAUGGCCGAUGGUCGUCGUACUCGUCGUAUCGGUCCGAAAGAUGAAAAAGCAGAGUUGGAUCGGCAGUUACAAAAGAUUCAGUCUAUUAUUCAAAAGCGGAAACAGCUGGCAGAGGACGUGGGGCCAAUGGCCAAAAAUCCCCAUUACUAACAUGUUCUCCCUCAAGGUUCUCUCUCCUCUUGUACAUACAUGCAUGCCAUCUUUGUUCCUCUACUCUGAUUCGUUAACCUAACCAAUUUCUCAGCAUACCUCUGUUACGUUUGAGUUAUACCUUUGCACUCUGUCUACUUGGACUCCUUUCCAUCUUGUUGCUCUACACAUACUCUGGACUCCUGUGCCGUACACAGUGAUAUUUAUACACGGACACAAGCUUUUUUCACUAUCUAUUCCACCUCGUUCCGUAGCUCUGCGGUAGUUUUGGCAUCAUUCUCCUACCACUGCGUGGGUACGGGAGUUUGCUCCAGGGACACUAUCAGUGUGUCGAUGGGUAUUUUGACAAACCACGGAAGAGAAAGACGAU